UUUCUGCUGGGGACUUGUGAAUGGCAGCCAAUGGGAGGGUUGAGUCCCCUCAGCCUCUCAGCUUCCCUGACAUCCACAGCGAGAAGUGAUGCAGCGCGACUGAGACGCGCAGUUGAGGUGGAACAACGGGCAACAAAAAAGCUGCAGCGAACGGAUACACACUUGGCUCCGACGUGCGCCUUCAACACCCCGGGAACAUUUCCUCCCUAGAAUAAACUUCAUUAUCAGAUGCUGAUUGCCGCCCAAUGUGAGUCUGAGGAGCCUUUCCUGAUUACAGCAUGAGAACUGAUCCGAUACUCUGACCGAAAACAAACAAAAAAAACCCUGGACACAGACCACUGAGGAGUGGAAAGAAAACAGAAGGCUGUGGUGGCGUGGCCAUGGAUAGAAGGAAAGUUUGCAUAUUAAUGGUGCUGUGGGCCUUGGUCCACCUCAGCUCUCCAGGUCAAGGGCUCAGGGCCUUGAGAAGGACUACAGGGGGGCGGAGGGGGUCAGGACUGACAGGACAGGAUGCCAACGGAGUGCCACUGAGACGCUCUAAGCGAGGUUGGAUGUGGAACCAGUUCUUUUUGUUGGAGGAGUACACCGGGACCGAUAAGCAGUACGUCGGAAAGCUUCACUCGGAUUCUGACAGAGGAGAUGGCAGCGUGAAGUAUGUCCUGACAGGGGAAGGAGCCGGGACCCUCUUCAAGAUAGAUGAAAAGUCAGGGGACAUCCAUGCCACCAAGAGGCUGGACAGGGAGGAGAAGGCCUUCUACAUCCUCCACGCCAAAGCUGUCAACCGCUUCACCAACGAAGCGCUCGAGGGCGAGUCCGAGUUCAUCAUCAAGAUCCACGACAUCAAUGACAACGAGCCGCGCUUCACCAAGGACCCGUACAUGGCCAGAGUCCCUGAAAUGUCUGACAUUGGCACCUCAGUAAUUCAGGUGACAGCCACAGACGCCGAUGACGCCACGUACGGGAACAGCGCCAAAGUGGUCUACAGCAUCCUGGAGGGCCAGCCGUACUUCUCCGUGGAUCCAGAAACAGGCCUGAUCAAGACAGCUCUGCCUGGCAUGGACAGGGAAGUCAAAGAAAACUACCAGGUUGUGAUCCAGGCUAAAGACAUGGCCGGACAGAUGGGCGGGCUCUCAGGAACCACAACGGUCAGCAUCACCCUCUCAGACGUGAACGACAACCCACCACGCUUCACCAAGACCCUCUAUGAGUUCAGGGUACCCGAGUCCAUCGAGGUUGGGUCUGCGGUGGGAGUGAUCCGAGCCAUGGACGCGGAUAUCGGCCAGAAUGCGGAGAUGGACUACCGGGUUAUUGGGAGCGAUGGGCCUGGGAUGUUUGAGAUCACCACCAAUAGGAGCACACAGGAGGGUGUCAUUUUGCUGAGGAAGCCUUUGGACUAUGAAAGGAAGCGGCAGUACAGUCUGCGUGUCCAGGUGGAAAACGUCCACAUCAACCCCCGCUUCUACUCGAAGGGCCCCUUUAGGGACGAGGCCACCAUCAAGAUCAUCGUUGAGGACGUGGAUGAGCCGCCCGUGUUUGAGCGCGCCAGCUACGUAAUGGAGGUGAAAGAAGACGCGCCCAAGAACACCGCCAUCGGCUCCGUCAGCGCGUCUGAUCCGGAUGACAAAAACAGCCUCGUCAGGUACACUAUUGAUCGGCGCACAGACAUGGACAGAGUGUUCAACAUCCAUGCAGGCAACGGGUCAGUGUUCAUCCUCAGGGAGCUGGACAGAGAGGAAAACGCUUGGCACAACAUCACCGUCAUCGCCACCGAGUUCACCAACCCGCGACAGAUCAGCCGGGUACCUGUAUACGUCAGAGUCCUGGACGUCAACGACAACGCUCCAACAUUCGCCACCAAUUAUGAGACGUUUGUGUGUGAGACCGCUAAGGCUAAUCAGGUGAUACAAACCGUGGGUGCCACAGAUCCUGAUGCCCCGCUCGGAGGACACCGGUUCUUCUUCAAUCUUGCUCAGGAAGCUGCUGGAAAGGCAAACUUCUCUGUCCACGACAACAAAAACAACACAGCGUCAAUCCUCACAAGGAGAAACAGCUACAGCACCCUGCAAAAGAGCGUCCACCAUGUGCCGGUGGUCAUUUCUGAUGGAGAGUUCCCAAUGCAAAGCAGCACCAACACGCUGACCAUCAGAGUCUGCACCUGCGACCGCAAGGGCAACAUGAAGGCGUGCAACGCAGAGGCGCUCACAGCGAGGGCGGGGCUCAGCACCGGCGCCCUGGUGGCCAUUUUGCUUUGUGUCAUCAUCCUGCUCAUGAUCGUGGUGCUGUUUGCUGCCCUGAGGAGGCAGAGGAAGAAGGAGCCUCUGAUCAUCUCCAAAGAGGAUGUCAGGGACAACGUCGUCAGCUACAAUGACGAAGGGGGCGGAGAGGAGGACACCCAGGCCUUUGAUAUCGGCACACUGCGCAACCCGGAGGCCAUCGAGGAGAGCAAACAGAGGAGAGACAUCGUCCCCGAGGCCUUCUACCCUCCGAUCCGACGGCCUGUGCUGCCCCCAACUCGGGACAAUAACGGGGACGUGAGAGACUUCAUCAACCAGAGGCUCCAGGACAACGACAGCGACCCGACGGCGCCGCCUUACGAUUCCCUGGCCACCUACGCCUACGAGGGGAACGGCUCUGUAGCGGAGUCCCUCAGCUCGCUCGAGUCAGUGACCACUGAGAGUGACCAGGACUACAACUACCUGAGCGAGUGGGGACCCCGGUUUAAGAAACUAGCGGACCUGUACGGGGGCGACGACAGCGACAGGGAUUCCUAACGAGAACCUGGCACACAGACAAGGAGAAAAAACAAAAAUCCCAAACACAUGUUGAAAACAUCCGGAGGGUUCUGGUGCACGUGUGGCGAGUGAAAUGUCGAAAGGACGGAGAAACGAGCGCCGUCUGUCCGAGUGCUCUUUCACCGCCUUCGAUCACCGUUCAGUUGUCCCCUCCGGUGACCAGACGUAGGCUUUGUGUGUCCAGUCAGUGUUAGUUGCGUUUUUGCGAGGGCACAGUUAAAACAGACUUUGUGUCAAGACUUUUUGGUUUUUGUGUGUGUAUAUGGGGUGUACAUGAGGCCCAAAUAUAUCUAUACCGAUAUUUUUUUGUUUCUUUGUUUCUUUUUUCUCCAAAGCUGCCUGUGACGGACACUUCAACAAGCAGUUUUGUAAACCAACAGAUAUGCCUAUGUAUUUUUCAGUGUUUCUGGGACAAAAACAUGCUGCAUAUUGUGAGUUCUAUCUUAGCUUGUGUAUGUACGGUAAUAUGAUACAAUACGCUGUACAGUUGUUUUGUUUUUCUAGGGAUUUCUAUCUUCCAAACAAUCCCCUCUUUCAGCAAUGGCUGCCUCACUAUAAACACUUAGCCACAGUUUGAGUUUGAGCCACAAGAAAAUGAAAAAUAUGGUUCCACACAAGGUGGGGGAGAUAUAGAACAUCAAAUUUUGAGUUAGUUGUGGCAGGUGUUGAAAAGUGGUGGUUGUUCUUUAAUGGUUAUAUAAAGCGGUGGUAAAGGACUGCUACUACAAACACCUGCAAACACACUGGUUUAUCAUUUUUACAGUAUUUGAUUUUCAUCACCACACGGCUUAAAGCAUUUGCUGUGAGGUGGGCUGAAAUACCAAAUAUUUCCUUAUUGAGCUGAAUGUUGUCAGCAGUCUUUUUUUUCCUCUGUGCAGGGUGAAAUAUGAAGUGCACAGAAUAGUGUUAUUUUCUAUGCUGCAAUGAAAAUCCACAAGUCUAACAUGUAUCGGGCUCAGUUAGGGGGAAAAUACUGGUCUUGUUGGACCUUUUUGCUCACUUCACUUCAGAAACACAGAGUUGGAAGAUGCUGAGAGGAUGCCACCGAGCCUGAAAUUACAGCAUUAAAUUAGAUUAGGUUAAACAUCUUGUGGACAGUUACCAUUAAAAUUCAUUAUGCAAUUUUAUUUUCUUCCCUUAAAUGGCUCAUUUUAUCUGUUCAAGAGAGAGUGAAAGGAAAGGUAGCACUUGAAUCAAUGUAAGCAGCAAAAACAAUAGGGACAUAUUGACUGGAGCCUAAAGAAAUGUCUGCAUUAAUGUGAAGCUUUACAUCUUCAUGCAAAGCGUCAUAGCUCAUGAAACGAAUCAAGAAAGUUGCCUUAAAUUUAAAGAAAAAGAGCAAAAAAAAAAAACCCCGCAAAAUAAACACAGACACACAAAAAGAAAACAGCAAAAUGCUUCCACAGACUUCAUUCUCUUCUCACUAAGGAAAAAUAAAAGGCUCAAUCAGUGGUUUUCAUCCUUUUUCAUUUGACAUAUCCCCAGUCUGUCUUUUUGCUAACUGUUGUUAGCUAAUAAUUUAACUGUUAACUGUACUUAAGCGAAAAAUGCAUUAUAUUAAUACCUAAUGUCAGCCAACUAUCCUUUAAGCUAACAACUUUCUUUGUACCGUUAGCUAACACUUGAUGGUUUUCCAGUCUUUCACCUUGCUACUAUGUUAAUUCAUAGUGCUAGCUGACAACAUGGCUACUAACUACACUUCAACCAAAAAAGCCCACUGUGCUUUGUCCAUAGUUUCAACUAGCUACUGUUUUCUGUAUUGCUAUUAUGUUGUGCUAUCAGUUGUUUUGUACUGUUAACAGAACAAACAAAAAAAAAUUCAGCACUGCUGUAUUUAUAAUUUUAGCUAGCUGUUCAUCCAUUCUGUUUAGCUAAUAGCAUUUUUUGCUCUAUUAACAAACAGUUGCUAGCUCUACUCUUUACUGAGACUUUUAGUAACUAUUUAAAUGUCACUUUUGAGUUUAGCCAGAAAAUAACUUUUUCCCGUUAAGUGUUGCUAACAAUUGUAAAGAGGUGAUGGCAGUCAGGACAAAACACUUUAUCGAUAAGUAGGCUUUACUUUACUACACACACAAAACACAAGCAACCAAUAUAUUCAAAAAUGUUAUUAUACAACACUGUAUUAACAAAAACAAUUAAAUUUGAUAAUUUUUGUAGUGAUCUUUCCCCCUAUUUUUAUUUAUUAUAAUUCUUUUUUUCUCCAAAUCAAAUGUUUUUAUGUUCAUGGUACACUUUACUGGCUGACUGGCUAGGUUCAAGGCUUAAAACUUUUUAUCGUGUAUUAAUUUUAUGAAAGAUCAUUGAAGAAGAUGAAUGGGAAAUAUACGUCCAGAGCCCUUAAAAAAAAUAGGGCGGUCACUCUUUUGCAAAAGAGUGAUAAAUGUGUCACACUACCUACCUUAAACACUAUUUAGCUAAGAUUUUGUGUCCUGAGAAGGGCUCCGUCCUGCACUGUAGAAUGUAUAAUAAUGUAACAUAGCAGUACAGUAAUAGAAAUGUGCCAAAAAGCAAAGAACACCAGUAUUUUCCUUUAAAAAAACCCUUCCAUUAUUUUAGUCUCUUCCUUUGCCCUUCAUUACGUGUACUGUAUGUAGUGCUGAACAUGAAGCUGGUUCAAAUGUUCAGGCUUUACCCAACUGAUUUCCUGUGGGACUAACAGCCCUUUCCAUAAACAUGCUUAUCAAGGGGCACCUGACCUUUGAGUGGUGUGGAAUUAGGUUCUUAAGCCCAGAGGUGUGUCCUCGGCUCAGAGAGAAGGUCAAAACAUUAUCCUGCAGCAAGAUCACAAAGGUUUAAUUUUUCAAAAGUAGGAGGAAACUUGUGAAAAUGAUCUCUACCACAGCAAAAUUGGGAAAUUACUUUAAGAGCUGCCUAACUACAAACACACAGCUGUGAAACAAAGAAAAAUGUCUAAACCAGGAGGGCACAAUGAUAUCAACAGGAAAAAAAAAGGCCAGCUAAAACAAGCUCUGCCCUCACUUUAGCAAAAGGCCAACCAGUGAAGAGGCUGACAUUUAUCAGACAUUUGAAACAGUAAUAACAAAACACAAUGGCAUAAUUGCCAUAGUGCUACUUUUUCCCCCUCUAUCACGAGCCAGCUGAUUGCACAGUGGUUGGAAAAUUCUUUAUAUCAUAUACACGAGUUCUCUUUUCUAUUUCUUGGCUGCCUUGUUUUGUUUAUUAGCUUGUUGCUGGAGCUCCUGUUGUGUAAGUGGCCAUUUCAGACUGUGUUGCUAUGAUAAGCAUUUAAUGGGUUUAAAGACCCUUCACUAUAAGAAAACUGCUUUUCCACCUCAAGGUGCAAUGCGAGGUCUCAAAUGAAAGUCAACAUGACAGCAGCACUCACCAAAACCAUUUUUUCCCCUUCAGUCGUCACAGUUUUCUGUCUUCAUACAGGAUGUCAGCAUAUCGCCAUCACGAAGCCGUACUUGUGUUUUCCUACGGCGAGUGUAAUUGUCUACAAGCGUUGGCUCCGGGCUCAGUUAAAGUCGUCGAAAACGUUACACGUCCAAACAAACCAUGCUGCCACAUCAUUUUUUUUUCCCUUAAAGCUGAGGCAACUAGAUGGUGACACUGAUGUCCUCUUUCUCCAAAUAAAAUAGAUCUGUGGUUGUUGAUGUGUAGACAUGGUCGCUCUCGGGGCUCAACUCUACUACGCUAUAUUAUGUUGGUGACAAUGUGAUUGAGCAGUUCUGUCAAUGUAGAAACAAUUUGAGAGGUCGUGGUACUUGUAAGGGGCCCUGCAUCACUGGCCAUCCAUCAAUCUGCUUUGUAAACCGUGAUAUUUUGUACUGAAUAUUUAUAUGACACAAUUAAAUAUCUUUAAAAUCAA